AUGGACAAAGUCGAUGACCCUAGUUCCUUGGCAGAGUAUCUUUACAGUCACUUUCUAAGCGGUCACGAAGGUCCUCUCGGAGCCGUGGCUUUAGAUGGCAUCGAUAUUGCAGAUAUUGAUUACAGCUCUGAGUCAUGGGUCGACCUUGUGGAGGCAAUCUAUGGUUAUUCGACAGAAGAGAGAAAGAUUUACAUAUCAGCAGCGCCGCGUUGCAGUAUCACAGCCUUUGACAGCGCACUCGCUACAGGUCAUGUAGAUUAUCUCUGGGUUUUAUUCUAUGGUCAAUACGAAACCUGCGAAUAUUUAGGAGGCGACUUCACAGGGCUUCUUGAUUCAUGGUCGAAAUGGACGGCCAAGAAAGGUGUUGCUGAUAGUGAUACGUCUGUGUUCUUGGGCUUAGUAGCGUCAAAUGAUCCAGCUGCAGCAUCCAAUGGUUACAUAACACAAGAAGAUCUCAAGUCUGAGGUUCUUCCGACUGUGGCGGAAUCUUCCAAAUAUGUUGGGGUGAUGCUCUGGAAUAGGUACUAUGAUAAGCUAACAGGCUAUAGUACUAAGAUUAAUGACGCUAGUGUGUCAAAGAGAUUCAACAGUCUCUUGGCCAAAUCUGUGGAAGAUGUGAUGUAUUAG